CCGUUGACCGUUGGAAUGGUAUUUGGAUCUUUGAUCAUUCUACGAACCGUGAAGCCGGCCGCAGAGAAUCUGAGCCCACAACUAAUAAAUACGUUGAAUUCAAUCAGAUCACAAAAUGUAAAUAAUAAACAAAGAGCUCAGAACAUCUCCAUCUCACUCCAUAAAUUUGCCCAAAUUGAAAAACCUAAAUGUCAGAUUGUUAAUCCACUCUUAAUUCCACAUUUUCUCUGUGAUAAUUUGAACUUACAUAACUGCCAUUGCAGAGAGAGAGAGAGAGAUUCAGGAGCAUUCGACGAUUCAAAGUGGAGGUCUCGGAAUCUUCAAUCAAGAAUGGAUUCUGAAACAACUGAACCAUCUCAAUCGAGGCCCGAUAAAGGUUCUAAUGUUGGAUCUUCACCUUCCGUGGUCUCUGAGAAAGAAAGCUCGGUGCAGGAUUCAUCUUCCAUGCUGUCUACAUCUGCCAUAUCUUCUUGGGCCAAAAGUUUGAAACUUCCACAAAUGCAACAGGACUCACAGUCUGCGAAUGCUGGGACUUCCACCUUUUCACGUCUGGCUAGUGGGCUUCGAAUGCAGAUUCCUUCAAAAACAUCUGUACCAACUGAAAGCUCUAAUAACAACUCUGUAACUGCACAGUCAGUUAUCGGAUCAUUCACGAAAGGAAUAGUCGACUCUUCGUUAACUGCCGUGAAGGCUGUGCAAGUAAAGGCAAGACACAUGGUCUCACAAAAUAAGCGAAGAUACCAGAAAGGAGGAUUUGACCUAGAUAUGACAUAUAUAACCGAGAAUAUAAUUGCUAUGGGGUUCCCUGCUGGUGACCUAAGUUCUGGCUUGUUUGGAUAUUUUGAGGGAUUCUAUCGGAAUCAUAUGGAGGAAGUGAUCAAGUUUUUUGAGACCCAUCACAAGGGAAAAUACAAGGUGUACAAUCUUUGUUCGGAGAGGUUAUAUGAUGCUUCGCUGUUUGAGGGAAAGGUUGCAUCUUUCCCAUUUGAUGACCACAAUUGCCCACCUAUUCACCUUAUAAAACUGUUUUGUCAAAGUGCUUUCUCAUGGUUGGAGCCAGACAUAUUGAAUGUGGUAGUGGUUCACUGUAAAGCUGGGAAGGCAAGGACAGGAUUGAUGGUUUGCAGCCUUCUUCUGUUCUUAAAGCUUUACCCAACUGCCAAUGAGUGUAUUGAUUACUACAACGAGCAAAGAUGUACUGAUGGAAAGGGUCUUAUUCUUCCAAGCCAGAUUAGGUACGUGAAAUAUUUUGAGCGAAUCUUGACAGAGUUCAAUGGCGAAACCCCCCCUGGACGUAGGUGCAUGCUAAGAGGAUUUAAGCUUCACAAUUGUCCGUAUUGGGUUAGGCCUUCUAUUACAAUAUCUAAUCACAAUGGAAUCUUGUUUUCAACAAAAAAACACCCAAAGACCAAAGAUCUCAUGCCUGAGGAUUUCUGGAUCCGUGUACCAAGAAAGGGAGUAGUGGUUUUUGCCCUACCAGGAGAACCUGGUCUAACCGAAUUGGUGGGGGACUUCAAAAUUCAAUUUCAUGAUCGCCAAGGAGAUUUCUAUUGUUGGAUGAACACAACAAUGAUGGAAAAUAGAGUGAUUUUAGAUGCUUCUGACCUCGAUGACUUUGACAAUAGAAAGUUGCCUUCCCCAGGAUUCCAAGUCGAAAUUGUGAUGAUAGACUACGAUGGAACAACAAUUCCCAAGACCAAAACUGAUCACAACACAAAGGGCGAAGAAGGAAAAUCGAGUAAUGAGAGUAAAGCUAACUCCGAACAGAGUAAUGCCUCGAGAAAACAAAAUAAAGACGACGAUGUAUUUUCUGAUAGUGAAGGGGAAGAAGAAUCUACUACUUCAAGAAGCAAGCAGGGUAACACCAUUUCUACUGAAUCUAGGUCCGAUGCUGGGGGCAUUUCCACCAUUUCACAUCAAACCGAAAAGCUCUCUCUCGGUAGAGAAUCCACAAGCUCGGAGCAUAGAACUUCCCAUGAAGUGAACAUUGAUGGAGCUGAGAGAGCUACUGCCAUAAUCCCAAACUUGGACUCAGCCGAUAUAAAAGCCAUUGCAGCGGAUGCCUCGGUUUUCAGUUUCGGUGAUGAUGAAGAUUAUGAAAGUGAUUGAUAUAAUGAUUAUAGCAACUUUAACAACUCUUGUAAGGCUUCAAGAUACCUGUUUUUUUUUUUUUUUUUUUUUUUAAUGUGGUAUUGCUAACUGAUGAUUGAUGUUGUAUGCUAACUAAUAUUAUAUCCAUUUCUUUUUUGCUGGUUUUGUUUUUCA